UCGAAAAAGUUACGAUGAAGAGCAGCCUUUGGGUUGUUUGCUUGUUUCUAUUAUUUAUUCAUGGCGAUGCCGUUCUCGGUGCCGGAAACUACAUAAUAGUGGCUCCGAGUUAUAUCCAGCCAAAUCUGUCUUAUCGGCUAUCGAUAUUAACGUUCGCCCUCGAUGAUCCUCCAAAACUGCAUCUUUCGAUCGAAGGAUUCUCGGAUAGUGGCGAGGAACUUACAGUCGAACAGAGCCUUCAACUCAAGUCAGACGAAAUGCGACUAGUGAAUUUUAAUACUACAGCUGUACCACCUGGAAGUUACAAUUUGAAGAUUCAGUCACUAUCCGGGUACAAAAUCGUUCGAGAUUAUCCACUCAAAUUCCAACUCGUAACGGAUUUGAUUCUAAUUCAAAUGGAUAAACCAAUCUACAGACCAGGCAAUACGGUAAAGUUCCGAAUUCUAGUGGUAGAUCAACAAAUGAAGCCAACGAGGUCAAUCCAAUCGAUUCAUGUAACUGUGUUUGACCCGGAAGAAAAUGUAAUACUAAGUUGGCCGUCUGUCAAGUUACAAAAUGGUAUCUUUCAAUCGCAGUUGGAGAUUGCCAACGAACCGAAUCUUGGAAAUUGGAGCAUAGGAGUGAGUAUUCCUGGAAAAGAUCAUUCACACCCGUUUCUAGUGGAUGACUAUAAGCUACCUAAACAUGACAUAAGAAUUAGUAGCCCCAAGGUAGCGACUCUCAACGACGACACGUUUCUAGUGGAUGUCGACGGUCGCUACAUAUUCGGAAAACCAAUCAAAGGAGAUAUAACUGUCACUGCCCAAGGUCAUCGGAAGCUCAACAUAACUUCCAGGUUUCAUGGUCUUUUAAGAGCUAAAUUUAAUAUUCGUGAGUUGUUUGGUUUUGAUGAAAGCGAAAAUCAUCAGUGGAUUCAAGUCGACGUCAGUCUACAGGAAAGGCAUUCAAAAAAGAUGUUACAUUCUACAAAAUCAUUCCAGAUCUUUAAGACCCGUCAUAUUAUCAACUUACAAAAAUCGUCGAAAUACUUAGUUCCCGGUCGGCCUUACAAUUGCUGGCUGCACAUAGGUUCUCCAGAUGGCAGGGAGCCAAACAUUGCUCCGAAUGAAAAAUUCUCUGUAAGCAUUGUUUACACUGGCAACAACCAGUUCACUCAAUCCGAGGAACUGAACGUCGAUACGUCCAAUAGAAAUACCAUUCCUAUGACGAUAAAUGUUCCAAUACUAGCGGCAGCUGCCGAAAUUGAUGUUACUUUCAAUGGAAGUGAGGCCCAUUUCUUGCUCGAGAAAGAUCGAAUAAAUGCUCCAGAUACUUUUCAAAUUUCACUUUUGUCCAAUGAUCAAGCGGUACUGGGACAAACAGUUUCCGUUCAAGUGCAAUCAUCGGUUCCUGUAAACCGUUUGACGUAUUAUGUGGCCUCGAAACAUCGAAUAAUUCAAAUUGAACAGAUCAAAACCAACAGCAGUACGGAUGUGACUUUUAAUGUACCAGUUACAGUUGAUAUGAUUCCUAAAGCAAGGAUAUCAGUUUUUUCUAUUCAGCAUAAUAUAUAUCUAAGUGACAGCAUUGAUUUAGAUGUACCCAAUUUGCCAAAUUCAAUCGCAUUAAGUCUCUCCGAGCAGAAAGUUACUCCGGGACAGAGAGUGAAAUUUAUUGUUCACUCUAAGGUUAAAUCUUCUGUAGGCUUGUUAGCAAUCGAUAACAGUGCAUUGUUACUUAACAACAAGGCUUUUUUGACAAAGGAUGUGGUAUUUAAUGAAUUGCUAAAUCACGCUACUGAUGAAGAGCCAGCUGCACAGAAUGAUGACUUCAUCAUAGACAGCAACGCCAAUCAACCGUUAACCGUAGCUGCUCGGUUUGGAGACUACACGGAAGACGAAGAAGAUUCUUACAUUCCUCCGCGAAAAACAUUUAUCGAAUCCUGGGCGUACCAUGAUAUGCAAGAAGUUGGAGCGGAUGGUCAGCUAACCCUGUGGGAUCUGGUCCCAGAUGCAAUUACCAAUUGGAGGAUAAGUGCCUUCGCUUUGAGUCCUAAGCAUGGGCUCGCCAUUCUAGACCAACCGGUCUCGCUGGAAGUGUUUAAACCCUUUUUCAUUCUUCUGAAUCUACCGAAAUCGAUCAAGAAAGGUGAAAUCGCCAUCAUCGAGGUAAGCGUAUUUAGUUACUUGGAUGAAACGAUGUACGUCGGUGUAACGUUGAAGAACAGUCGCCAGGAGUUCGAAUUCGUUGACAAUCGGGGUCGAAAGGAUGCAUCGUAUCAAGCGAAAAACAUUGUUCUUACACCCUAUUCUGUCACUGCUACCAAGUUCUACGUUAAGCCUAAAAAGUUGGGAGACAUUGUGCUAAAAGUAAUAGCCGAAUCGAGUGAGGCAUCCGACUCCGUCGAACGACUAGUACGUGUUACUCCGGAGAGUUUACCGUACGUCAAAACGGCUAAGCGCUACAUACAAGUUGAAAAUUCCACACAGGUGUUCAACAGAAUUGAACUGGAAAUUCCUCGCUAUUUGGAUGAAGGAUCGGAAAAUAUUAGCUUCUCAGUGAAUGGGAAUAUACUAGGAAACGGAGCCGAUAAUCUGGAUGAUCAGAUUCGUCUUCCAUCGGGAAGUGGGGAACAAAAUGCACUGAAAAUGGUUCCCAGCAUUAUCCUGCUUGAUUACAUAGCCAGUACGCGAGCCUUCGGCGAUGUGCUAAAAAAACGAGCAGAGAAAUUUUUGGAAAUCGGAUAUCAAAAUGAGCUCAAAUAUAAACGACCGGAUGGCUCGUUUAGCAUGUUCGGAAAAGAGGACAAAUUUGGAAGCGUUUUUCUGACUGCACUUGUGGCGAAGACUUUGCGGCAAGCUGCGGACUUUAUCACAAUCGAUAGUAGAAUAGUGGACCAAGCUUACGGUUGGCUUCAGCAAAAACAGACCAGAAAUGGUUCAUUCGUGGAAUUGGGUGCAGCACUCUCUGCUGCCAAGCACGGGUUGUCAGGUGCUCAUACCGACGAGCUGACGCUCACAGCUUAUGUUCUAAUCGCUUUCUUGGAAAAUGCGAAAACUGCUCAGAAAUAUAACACAGUUGUUGUCAAAGGAAUCUCGUAUCUAUCGAAAAAUUUCUUUAAUUUAGAUUCCAGUUAUACUCUCUCGUUGAUAUCAUAUGCUUUGGAGUUGGCAAACCACGAGUCGAAAAUCGACGCAUUGAAUGAACUGCUGAAAAAUUCCGCUGUUGAUCAUGAACGGCAGCUUCGAUGGUGGGAACCCGCAUCAAUGAGUAUUGAAACCACAGCCUAUGCCUUGCUUACUUACGUGAACGCUGGAAGCUACGUCGACUCAAAACCACUAAUGAAUUGGUUAACUAGAAAACUGUACUACAUGGGAACAAUUUACGAGAAUACUCAAACCACCUUCGUGGGCCUUCAGGCAUUGGCGGAAUAUGCCAAAAAAGUGUCACCCGUUCGAAACGAUUACAACGUCACCGUACGGUACGGUUCCCAAGAACAUUCAUCCAUUCACAUGAAUCCCUUAACAUCACAGAUGACUCAGAAAAUCGCAUUGCCUCCGAAGGUACGAGUUGUUGAUGUCAUAAUAAACGGAACCGGAACCGGAAUCUUUGAACUUUACUAUAGUUACUAUUCUAACAUUUUGAAUAUGAAGCCACGAUUUGACGUGACUGUGGAAACGCUCAACACCACCAAUGAUCAAUAUCUAGAUCUUACUGUUUGUGCAAAGUUUAAACCACGCGAGAAGUACGAGGAAACGGGAUUAGUGCUAAUGGAAGUUACCUUUCCCAGUGGCUAUAUCGCAUUGGACGAGUCGGUAGAAGAACUGGAGACAUCGUCAAUUGUGCAGAAAGUUGCAACCAAAAAUGGCGAAACAUCUCUAUUGUUGUAUUUCGAUUCACUUCCAAUUUACUUCCAGUGUUUAAAUGUAACCGGAUUCCGUGAAAGUCAAGUUCUUCAACAGAUCCCUGGCACGGUGAGAGCAUAUGACUUUUAUGAUAGCUCACGGAUAGCAGUAGCGUAUUUCAACCGGAAAUAGAUGGCAACGUGCCACAGUUGCAGUUGAAAUUAAUUGAAUGAAUAAAGAAUUAAAUACUUUGUAAAUAAUAGGCACAGAAAAAAGAAUUUACUGGUUACCAAUUCUCAAAAAGAAAAGAUUAAAUAACAGUCCCCGAUCUGACAAAGAUAACAACAAAUUUCCAAAUCUCGAUUUAUUAUUCAUCAAUGUAUUGUCCUGCAGUUUUCUGUUUAUUUAUACGACACGGCUUAAGAUUCUUAAAGCUAAACAGUUUGAAUAUUUCAAGUAUACAUGAAAUCACUGCAAUGUUUCUUGAUGCUGGGUCUCUUCGAUACUCUUUUCCUUCAGGGAGAGGAAGUCUAUUUGCAUCUAGCGAGGCUUGGGGGGAUGUUGCUUCACCUAUAGCCACUUCGUCCAUUGAUUCGUCGACGUUGUUUUUAUUAUUGUUGUUGUAAGUAUCGUUAUAAGUUGUUUUUUUACCAUUCUCACAUAAAAAUGCUAUGCAAUCACUGUGAAAACCGACUUUUGAAACGAGGCCUUGAGGGUCGCCUGUCAUAUACCAUUAGGUUGAGUUCGUCGAGUACGCAAAAUGUGUGUGCACUUGAGCUCUCGGCUCCGAAAGUACCGGAAAUAGUGGUCGAAAACUGAAAAACGGAACUCUCUUCAUUUUCACACAGACAGUUGAGUCAAUUUUCACGAACUAAGACUCAAAUAAAAGCGUAUGCGUAUAUAAAAAUAGACUACUUUUGACUUUUGAUCGUAUCUGACUUCCGGUUCCGGAACAACAAAGUAAAGUGUUUAAAAUUUUAAACCCUGAUUAAGAACGAAAAUGCAAAAAAAUGAAGAAAUAUCAUUAAGGGUCAAAACUGUUAAAAAUUAAAAAGGUUAUGCUAGUGUAUGUCCAAAAAAAACUUUUUAGAUCUUAUUCAAGAUACAAAGUUACCUUUCAUGCAGCCCACCUGGGUUUGAUUCCCAACCCCGAACAUAGGGUCAAAAGUUUUUUUUUUGGCACGAAGAGGCGAACGACUUUAGUGUUAAAACUUCUAUAAUGAAGAAAAAGAUUCGGAAAAGAGGUGUUUCCGAGAUCGAAUGUUCACUUUUUGAAGCUAAGGAGUGUAUCGAAAAUAAGCUAUCCACAAUUUUUUCUUUCAAAUUUUGAUGAAAAACGAUAUUUUAUUCAAACUAAAAAUUGAUCCUUUAUUGUACGAGGUUAAACUUGAGCAUAAUGAAAACCGUAUUAAAUUUAAGUUAUUUCUUCACGAAUUUUCGAACUUUUGAUCGAACGCUCUUCAUCAAGUUCCGGACAAGUGUUGCAUCGCAUUUUUUGGACGCUUGAGCCCGAAUUUUUUUGAACUCCUGCAUGUUCCCAGCUGCCUUGCCAGUCUUCUUGAAGACCCUCUCCACGAUUGCCCAGUAACGUUCGAUGGGUCGAAGCUGAGGGCAAUUUGGUGGAUUGAUAUUUUUCUCAACCAAAUUUAUACCUUUUUCCGCAAGCCAAUUGAGAGUGGUUUUGGCAUAGUGAGCCGACGUUAAAUCCGGCCAAAACAGUGGAGGUGUACUUCUUAUAUAAAGUCAGCAAUCUCUUCUGGAGUCACUAAGAUCAAUAGAUUUCUGCAUUUAUAGUUCCGGUAGUGUAAAAAAUGGUUGACUUCAAACCACAGGAACAUAUUGCUGGCCAUACCAGUACCUUUCGACCGAAUUUCUCCACUUGAAUCGGCCUGUCCGCAUCGCUCACAUCCUUCCCAACGACGACAGUAAAGUAUUGUGGACCUGGAUGGGUUUUUGAAUCCUCCUUUACAUAAGUCUCAUCGUCUAUCAAAACGCAUGCAUCCGGACACUGCAAAAGACGCGAAUACAAUUUCCGGGCCCUUGUUGCUGCUCUUUUCUUCUGUUCUACACUUUGUUUCGAGAUUUUCUGCUUCUUGUAGGUCUUCAGGUGAUUUCACCUCUUGAAACGCUUGUCAUUCCGACACUCGUUCCUGCUUUUUUCCCAAACCAAAUUCUUUUCCAUCGAAUUGGUUAUCGGCGAUUGUGACAUAUCGUUUAAAAAAAAUUAUUAUUUACUCGUAAACAUGGCUAAACACUGCUCCCCUCCCCCUCCCAGCGGUUCUGCCGAAAGCACCAGAAACAAUGAUCUAAAACUCCAAAAUUGAGCUUAUUUUCUUAUAGAUGAAUUAGUAAUGGAUUUUCACUAACUUUAGUUCUAAUGCAAGCUUUUUCGGUUCCAUGGACUGUUAUUGAUUCCCAUCUUAUUUCUACUUCUGGUUCCGUAAAUACAGAGUGAAGUAAGCUUCAAAUUUAAAGCUUCAAACCGUCAUCUAUAAAGCAAAACAGGAAAAAAAUCUUCUAAAGUUGACCUAAAACUGUAUUAAUUUGUAGGUAGGUGCUAGGAACGAUGUAAAAUACCUGGUGAUCACGUUUUUCUAUGUGUUAGUGCGGUUGUCAUUUUAUUUUGGAAUAACAGAGAGACGUGAAGAAGAAAAACAUAAACAAAUGACGUUUCGGGAGUUGCUUUUAUGAAAAUAUUUAGAGUUGAUUCUGUUUGCGAAAAUAUUGACAGUGAAAUGCGGUGUUUUGUUCCGGGAUGUUUCAAUCGUUUUCAUCACCUGCAUUUGAAAUGCCACCAACAGCACAAUCACUCCAUUAUCUAUAAUAACUGUAAUAGAUACCACAGUACGAUCCGCCAAAUCCUUCCUCCAACGAAAUGAACAGAAUCGGAUGUGUGUAAAAUUUUCUAUAUUUCGACGUUACCUUGCAAGCCCUUGAAGAUAAAAUGUUCAGAUUUUCAAUAAGUGCCAAAGAUUCGCAAGGCUGCGCGACAACUGGGGUAACUUAGAAGUGAAAUCCCGAUCUGAACUGGUCGUUCGUUUAUGUUUACAUGCUUGAAUCCCGGCGCGCCAUACUUAAUUUCGUGAGAAAAUUACCAACACAACCAAACCUGUCUUACCACGCCACCAGUGUAUUUUACGUCGUGGGUGCUAGGUCACACAGGAACCAACUUGCCACACAGCGAAAUUUUCGACGUCAUCUCAAGUGAGGUGAUGCCAACCAGAAGAAAGAAGAAGAAGAAUCUUUUGUAUUUCAUGACCAUUUAUCAAGAACAGAAUUAGAUCAUACGUGUGCCAAUGUUAGGGAAAAGUAGUAACGAUGAAUUUAGUCACAAGAACAGUCCCUGGUUUGAAAUGUAACCAUAUCUGCUUUUAUGCCGUCCUUGUGAAAGAGACUGAAUGUGUUGAAAACUGAAAGAAGAAAAAACCGGUCUAAUAUUUUGUCUAAUUAUCAUGAAUAAUUUAUGAUGCAGCAUGCUAAGUAUUCAGUUGGGUAAUUUUUGGCAAGAUACCAACAAAGAAAAAAUUAGUGCAAAAUGGAAUGAAAAACUUGAGACAAACUUUCCCGGCAGCAGUCAUGCUACUGAAUAAUAAUUGAGUAUGGUAGAGUUUUUAUUGCAUCCAAAUAGCGUAUGGAUUUUUUUUUGAGGACUGUUUUCAUUUAAGGAAGUGGACACCUGUUUAUCAAUGGUUAAAGGUUAAAACCUGAUGAAAAAUCGCUUGAUGUUUAAAAAGAUUGUUUACUUUAGCGACACAGCAGAAAAAUCGAAAAAAGUGAGAAAUUUCGGACGAUGGGUCGGGUUAGCUUGGAAAUUUUUUUCUCGGGUAAUAUUUUAAAUUUCUGUAUAAGCAAGUGGAGUUUACUAUUAUUAUUGGGUUGCAUAAAUAGUGCAAACUUUGCGUCUUCUUAGGAGUUUAAAUUGAACUGCUAGGCGGAGAUGGAAGUUCAAUUUGAACUACUUUAAGCACUGACGAUCCGAAGGCGAAACGCAGAAAAAUUGAACCAUAAUCGUUUUUCCGCUAACAUUGUUGUAUAAAAGACGAAACAUUUAACUAUGUAGUUCAAUGAUUAUCAUCAGAUACAAGUUUGCCCAAACAAAAAAACAAGUGAGCUUUGUUUUUGUGUUUUUCAAAACAUUUUAGUUUGUUCAUUCAGUUCAUUUGAAUUUAUAAUUGUUAUAACAUAUUUUGUAAUGUAUAAUAUUUAUAUACAGAAGACGCAACCCAAUAGCGUUGAAAUGUUGCACAGUGGGGAAAAAAGGUUUAAAAAACGCGAAGACUUUUUAUGAGGCAUAAUACAGCUGACUCC